GAAUGCCAAGAGAACAAAGCAAAUUUGAUGAUAAAAGUAAAUUGAAAAGUUUUUUUAAAUUGCAUGUCCUAUCUGAAUCAUAAACGUUUACAUUUGACUGUCCCUUUAAUGUAUACCCAAUAUGACAAUGAACUGUACAUGAGACUCUCUUUCGCUGUCUUUGUUUAGGCUCCGGUUACUGUGAAGAUCACGUACAAUACACAUCACUGCGUUUGUCAGUAAAGAGGAAACAUUAUAAGAAUAUCUGACUAAUUAAUUUGCUAAACAAGACAAUGUCUGACAAGACUGAGAACCAAACCUCAGACCUUCCUGAUGCACACAGAGGGCGUCUAGAGGAAAACCCAGGCACUGGGCUAUUAAAUGUGAAGGAAGAGGAUGAGACAGAUGACAUGAAUAGUCAUCAGACUGAAAUACAUUGCUCCCUCCCUGCCGAUGAAGAUAACGCUGAUAUAGUGAAAGUUGAGAUAACAGAAGAUCUGUGGUUGAGGCAUCAGCUGGAAGCACCAGAUGAGGAAACCAGUGACGGCAUCAGCCCAGGCCGUAUGGAUGUGACGCAUUCAGAGGGCUCAGCGGUUGAACAUGGAGGAGAACCUUAUGUGUGUAAUUACGUGAAGACUGAGGAGGAUGAAGUUCCUAUAAAUACGGCUAAAGGUGAUGUUAAGACUGAAGUCAAACUUAAUGCUGAACAGACUAAUCAUCUGGAAUCUGUGAAGCAGGAAAUCAGUGUCAAUAUCAGUACAAGUGAUGUUAAGACUGAAGUUACACUUAAUGCUGUACAAACUAAUGAUCUGUAUGUAAAGUGUCAACAGGAAGCUGUGAAGCAGGACAUUUGUGACAAUAUCAGUACAGGUGAAAAUGAUGCUACGAUUUCAUGUAACAUGGAACAAACAGAAAAUCAGUGGCUAAGAAAUGUUGAACCAUCAGAGCAGCAAAUUUGUGCCACUAUAAGUACAGGUGAAUUCACAAACUGCAAUAAUCCUAAUCAUGAUCAGAGUGCAGAUGCUUCUUUACAUCUUCUUCAAAAUCAAAGAAGCAACGUGGGGAAUUUAUGUUCUGAAUGUGGGAAAUGUUUUCUUAAGAAAUCACAUCUUUAUAAACAUCUGAAAAUUCAUACAGGAGAAAAGCCAUUUUCCUGUCCUAUAUGUGGGACAUUUUUUAACUGUAAACAUUUUUUUGUUGCUCAUCAGAAAAUUCAUACAGGAGAAAAAGGAUUUUCAUGUUCUGACUGUGGUAAAUGUUUUACUCAGAAAUCAACUCUUAUUAGUCAUCAGAAAAUUCAUAAAGGGGAGAAAGGAUUUUCAUGUUCUGACUGUGGGAAAUGUUUUACUCAAAAAUCAAAUCUUAUUAAUCAUCAGAAAAUUCAUACAGGAGAGAAAGGAUUUUCAUGUUCUUACUGUGGAAAACGUUUUACUUGGAAAUCAAAUCUUAUUAAUCAUCAGAAAAUUCAUACAGGGGACAAAGAAUUUUCAUGUUCUGACUGCAGUAAACGUUUUACUUGGAAAUCAACUCUUAUUAAGCAUCAGAAAACUCAUACGGGGGAGAAAACAUUUUCAUGUUCUGACUGUGGGAAAUGUUUUACUCAGAAAUCUAAUCUUAUUAGGCAUCAGAAAACUCAUACAGGGGAGAAAGGAUUUUCAUGUUCUGACUGUGGAAAAUGUUUUACUCAGAAAUCAACUCUUAUUAUGCAUCAAAAAAUUCAUACAAGGGAGAAACAAUUUUCAUGUUUUGACUGUGGAAAAUGUUUUACCCUGAAACCAUAUCUUAUUAAGCAUAAAAAAAUUCAUACAGGGGAGAAAGGAUUUUCAUGUUCUGACUGUGGAAAAUGUUUUACUCAGAAAUCAACUCUUAUUAGGCAUCAGAAAAUUCAUACAGGGGAGAAAAGAUUUUCAUGUUCUGACUGUGGAAAAUAUUUUAUUCAGAAAUCACAUCUUAUUAGGCAUCAGAAAAUUCAUACAGGGGAGAAAGGAUUUUCAUGUUCUGACUGUGGGAAAUGUUUUACCCAGAAAUCAGAUCUUAUUAGGCAUCAGAAAACUCAUAUUAAAAAUAAAUCAGAGUUUAAUCUCCUAAGUGCAGAGGGUGGCAUGUAGUUGUCACCCACACAAUAUCAAGUGCUGAUGAUGACUGCUGUUUGAGGCCCCUUCUGAAUCAAAUUGAUUUAACUAAUGAUUUAAA